AUGGACCCCGAGGAUCAGACUCAGCCAAACGCUGAUGACAGAGCGACAAGAGACGAGUCCUCCGCCACGGAUCCCGACGUCCCAACCACCACGGAAGUGCCUCGAAAGUCCCAGUUUGCUGGCUACAUUACGCUUGAGUAUCUCCAAACCAUUUUUGUACAGUUUACAAUGUGGGCACCCACCAUCUACGGCUUGCUCCACUUCCGCGCCGGCCUUUUCACGAGCGAUGUCUUCAUCUUGGCUGAGUUGGCUUCUGCAUUCUUCCUGCCAAACAUAUUCAUCUGCAUCCUCGCCAUCACGAUCGAGUACCUGCAAAAAACCAUGGACGCACAGAAGAGAACUCUAAGAGAAAAUGCGGAUACGGUAAAGGGAUUACAAGACGAGAAGAAGGCUUUAGCUGAACAGCUCUCUGCUUGUCUCCAAGGAAGAGAAGAAGCGCAUAGCAGGCAUCGACAACGCAUCAACGAAGCCCGCCUCAGGCACUACACAUCCCUCCACAAACACCAAAGCAGCACCAUCAGCUUCCUAGAACAUCUAAAUAGAAACAACGCCAAGGUCUCCGAAGCUCCCCCACUAAACCUGCCCUUCGAUAAGCUCUACAUGAUGCGAUCAAGAACACAAUUGCGGUUGAGCAUAACUGAGAGUAUCGAGAAAAUUCUCUACUCGAAAUCGACACGCGCAUUGAGAGAUGAGGGAGUCGAUGGCUCCAUCCGCGAUGCAGAAUGUGAUCUAGAGAAGGCGGCGGUGGUAGAUGGAUAUUUGAUGCAUCUGGAAGAUCUGGCGAAGAAUCCUGCUGCUCCUGCUAGGAUUGAUCCUGGGUUGGAAGUGAGGUUGAAUGGGCAUAGGGAGAGGCUGGAGAGGUAUUGUGAGGGGGAUUGGAGGGUUAGGAAUUGUUUGCGGAAGGUGGAUAGGGCUGAGGAGCAGGGAUAG